AGAGGAUGAAGGCAGAGUGCGUGAGUCACAGGCGAAGCUGGCCCCGCUCGCUCCCCCUCUCCUUCUUCGCUCGUUUCAUCUGCCUUCUUCUCCUCCUUCUCCGCCUGCGCCCGGACCCGUCGGGUCUCUAGUUCUGCCCUCUGGAUUUGUCUCCUCGCGGUUUGAGAGAUCGCUGGCCCUGGGAGCCACUGAGCGCCCAUCUAUUGGGUGUAUGCCGGCCGCGGCCAGCCGAGCCCCGUCCCGAGGUCCUACUUGAACCGACCCUGACAGGCCUUGUCCCUCACUCCGGAACCCGGCAAUGCUAACCGCUGUUUGCGGCUCUCUGGGCAGCCAGCACACGGAAGCACCCCGUGCCUCCCCGCCGCGCCUCGAUCUGCAGCCACUCCAAACAUACCAGGGCCAUACAAGCCCGGAGGCAGGGGACUACCCCUCCCCACUCCAGGCCGGGGAGCUACAGAACCUCCCGCUGGGGCCUGAGGUGGACUUCUCACAAGGCUAUGAGCUGCCGGGGGGCUCCUCACGGGUGACCUGUGAGGACCUGGAAAGCGACAGUCCUUUGGCCCCGGGCCCUUUCUCCAAGCUCCUACAGCCAGACAUGUCUCACCACUAUGAUUCGUGGUUCCGGCCAUCCCACCCAGGCACGGAGGACGGUUCAUGGUGGGACAUCCACCCGGGUACCAGCUGGAUGGACCUCCCUCAUGCCCAGGGCACUCUGGCCUCUUCAGGUCACCCGGGAGCUCUGCAAGCCGGUCUGGGGGGUUAUGUCGGGGAUCAUCAGCUUUGCGCGCCACAGCCUCACACCCAUCCACACCAUCUCCUCCCCGCCGCCGGCGGACAGCACCUGCUAGGACCACCAGACGGCGCUAAGCCCCUGGAAGCUGCAGCUCCCGAGACCCACGGGCUGGAUGCCAGUCUGGACGGGGCGGCACGACCCAAGGGCUCCCGGCGUUCCGUGCCCCGCAGUUCAGGCCAGGCUGUGUGCCGCUGUCCCAACUGCCUGGAGGCAGAGCGGCUAGGGGCUCCCUGUGGGCCGGACGGGGCCAAGAAGAAACAUCUCCACAACUGUCACAUCCCGGGCUGCGGGAAGGCAUAUGCCAAGACGUCGCAUCUCAAAGCGCACCUGCGCUGGCACAGCGGAGACCGUCCUUUCGUGUGCAACUGGCUCUUUUGCGGGAAACGCUUCACCCGCUCCGACGAGCUCCAGCGCCACCUCCAGACCCACACGGGUACCAAGAAAUUCCCUUGCGCCGUCUGCAGCCGCGUCUUCAUGCGCAGCGACCACCUAGCCAAGCACAUGAAAACCCACGAGGGCUCCAAAGAGGAGGCGGCCGGGACCGGAACACAGUGCGAAGGGAAAUCGGGAGCAGCUGCCGAACCCCCGGGGGGUAAAGGCAAGCGGGAAGCGGAGGGCGGCGGGGGCGGCGCCGCGCAGUCCAACUGAACCAUCUUCGUUGGACGCCCCCACCAGCUCCAGUGUGCACCCCUCUCUCCCACUCUGGGGUGUCAGACGCGUGACUCCUUUCCCUCCGGGAUUGGCAGGCGGCUUUGGAGGGAGGGGGAUGGGUGGUUAUUUAUUUGGAGGCGAAGUCAGAGUGUAAGUGGUGGGGGCGAGGAGGGGGCCGGGAGACGGGAUGCUUGGGUUGUUUAGCCGAAGGGAGUGGGAACUGGCAAGCCUGGAAAGCCGGGCGGAGCUCCGGGGUCCCGUAGGACGCCGAAGGAGCGAGUAAGCACCUGCGAGCACAGCCCCAACCCCAACACACACAAAUUCAGGCCCUGGGCGUCUCGGUACCCCAACCCCCAUCCCCCAGCCCCCAGCCUGGGUAUCUACAGGAGAGAGAG